AUGACACGAUUCCGACCCUGCAUUGACCUUCACGCCGGUCAAGUCAAGCAGAUCGUUGGAGGUACUCUUGACAGUACUUCUGCGGCUCUGCAAACAAACUAUGUCUCUCAACACCCCCCUGCUCACUUCGCUCAGCUUUAUCGGGACAAUAAGCUCCAUGGCGCACAUGUUAUCAUGCUAGGUUCCGGUAACGAUGGACCUGCCAAAGAGGCUCUCCAAGCAUGGCCCGGAGGUCUCCAGGUCGGAGGCGGCAUCAACGAUAAGAACGCAAAAGAAUGGAUGGAUGCGGGAGCGGAAAAGGUUAUUAUUACCUCGUACUUGUUUCCGGAGGGUCGGUUCAGCCAGGAAAGACUCGAUGCAGUCUUGGAGGCUCUCGGCGGCGACAAAAACAAGCUUGUCAUUGACCUGAGUUGCCGUCGUCGUGGAGAGGACUCAUGGUUUGUUGCCAUGAACAAAUGGCAGACAAUCACAGACAUGGAAGUGAACCAAGAAUCCAUCAAAUCCUUGGAACCCUACUGCUCCGAAUUCUUGAUUCAUGCGGCAGAUAACGAGGGUCUACAAAAGGGUGUUGACGAGAAGCUCGUGGAACGACUUGCCCAGUGGUGUUCUAUCCCGGUCACCUACGCAGGGGGUGGCAGACAUCUCGAGGACUUGGAAAAUGUCAAGAGACUCAGCAACGGCAAGGUGGAUCUCACGAUUGGAAGUGCAUUGGAUUGUUUUGGUGGUUCGGGUGUCAAGUUUGACGAUUGCGUCGCUUGGAACAAGAAACAAGACAACUAA